UGAACUCCAUUGAGUUCUCCACUGUAAUAUUUAUUGUAGCCAAUAUUAAUUUUGUUUACUAAUCAUGAAAUAAUAUUAAAACAAAGCUUAAAAUAAAUGAGGUAAUAUAAUCAGCAAAUCUUUUUUAACAUGUGCCAGUUGUAGAUGGAAGUUAUUUAAUAAAAAUGCUGCCCGGUAUCGGUGUAUUCGGGACUGGCUCUGUAGCUAAAGUUUUGGUGCCGUUCUUGAGGGAAAAAGGAUUCCCAGUGGAAGCAAUAUGGGGUGUGACUCUACAGGAAGCUGAAAACACUGCAAAAGAGCUCAAAAUACCAUUUUUCACUAACAAAAUUGAUGAUGUCUUGUUGAAGAAAAACGUUAACUUGGUCUUCAUUGUGUGUGCACCGAAUUUACACGCUCAAAUAUCUGUGAAAGCCCUCGGUAUUGGUAAACAUGUUGUGUGCGAUAAGCCUGCAGGUUUGUGCCAGGCGGAGGCAUUGAAAAUGGUGCGAGCUGCACAAUACUAUCCCACCCUUAUAUCAAUAAUUAAUCAUUCCCUCAGGUUCCUGCCCGCAUUUAGUCACAUGCGAAAAUGUAUCCUAGAUAGUUACCUCGGCAAUCCAAACGAGCUGACAUUGAUAGAUGUUCGAGUACAAAUGGGAUCAUUACUGGGUGAAACCUUUAAUUGGUUGUGUGAUGACACCAUGGGUGGUGGUACACUAACAUUGGUUGGCAGCCAUGUUAUAGACUUGGUUUCCUAUCUCAGUGGCCAGAAAGUCAUGAAAGUGCAUGGUGUCCUAAGAACAUUUGUAGAGGAGACAUCUAAAGUUAAUGGUAUCAGAAAGAUUACAGCACCAGACUUCUGCACUUUCCAAUUACAGAUGGACAAAGGAUUGUUAGUGACUGCAACAUUGAACAACCAUUUGCCGGGGCCAUGUUUCAAUCAAGAAAUCUAUGUGUGUAGUAAAAAUGGCUACUUAGUUGUUCGAGGUGGUGAUCUACAUGGCAGAUUACAUAAAUCAAACCCUAAAAGUAUAAUAGAAGAAGAAGGGAAAAGGCCUCAUGAAAAAGAAGAAGUAAUUUAUGUAGAUAUUGAGGACUUAAGUUGCGCGUCAAGUGUAAUACCCAAGCCAUAUAUUAAAGGGCUUUGCAAGAUGAUAAGUGCACUUAAAGAGGCCUUCUUACCUGUAAAGGAACAAAUGGACUGGAUAAAGGAGCCAGUUAAAGCCGCAGCAACAUUUGAAGAUGGACAACGAGUCCAAGCGACAAUGGAAGCAUUGCGACAGUCUAAUGAAGAUGGCUGUUGGAAAACAGUACAAUUAUUAACUGAACCACCUGAUCCUAAUCCAGCACUGUCUGCUGCAGUGAGACGAACAGCGAUAUCUCUGCAGUAAUCUCAUUAGUGUAUUAAAAUGCCAUUAUUAUGUACCUUUUAUAUUUUAGCUUAUACAAAUUAGUACAUAAAUAUAAUUCAUUUUAUAACAUUCCUAGUUUAUAAGACAAGUUGUGUAAAUCAUUUUUAAUGCAUAAAUAAGUUUUACUAAUUGCAUUCCUUAAAAACUGGAACAUUGUAUUUUAUGUCAGUUUUUAUUUAAAAUAUCAGUAGAGAAUCUAGGCCAGUUGUGAUGUAAUUGUUUGUAAAUAUCACUGUCAGGUUUAUUACUGUUACAAGUGCAAAAGAAUGAUUGAAGUGAUCAAUUAGUUUAAUCAGUAUUAAUUAAAGCUAUAUUAAUAAAUGCCUUAAACAAAUGAGAGUAAAAUGCCUUAAUACUUCCUA